UUUUAGACUUGUUAAGAAAAACAAGACUAAAAAAGAAAGGUUUGAACUUUGAAGCAGUAGUAUGUUUGUUGAGUAGCAUUCUCAAAUUUUUAAGUAUCUUCUCCAUUAUCACUGAACAUGGAGCCUCACCAAACUGAUUCUUGCAGCUCACCAUUUCCUGCCAACUUAAAGUUUAAUUCCCAUGGAAACAAGAGGAAGAAUGUUCUUAAUAAAGGAGAUGAUGAUUGUACCACAGCCUCUUCUACAAAUUCUUAUUACCCUCUUGCAAAGAAGCUACAAAGAACACCUGAGGCAUCUGCUAUCAGUGAAUUUCUGCAUGGAUUUGACAAGAGGGAGUUUGGUAGUGUAACAAAGGACAUAGAAUAUCUUCAAGCUCUAAAGAAGUCAAGUCUGCAAAAACUUUCUUCUAGACUGCAUUCACCAAUUCCUUCUCUAAAGUUAGACGUUGAAAAGAAGAGACCGGAGAAAUUUAAGAUAACCAGUGUGCCACAAUUUGAUGUCAUCAAUUUGGACGACCAUUUUCAAGGUCAUGUUAUGGCUGCUGAUACACCUUUGGUAAUCAUUGAUUCCGAUGAAGAAGAGGAAGACAGUGGAUAUCAGAAUCAUUCGCACCUUCCUUCCAAGGAGGCCUUGAGUGAACCUGCUGAGAAAUGUCGAAUGAAGGAUUCAGCUGUGAAGGAUUGUCAAGAGGUUAAAGUUCCAAUUGAUGACCAAUAUCAAGGUCAUGUUACAGCUGCUGUUGUACCAGUAAUAAUCCUCGAUUCGGAUGAAGAAGACACUGAAUAUAAACGACCUGCCAACAAGGUUCAAUUGAAGGAUUUGACUGAAAUAGACUGCCGAGAGGUAAAAGCUCCGGAUGAUGAAGCUAGAAGCUUUCCUUCUAAUUGUUUUGUCCAAGUUGACGAAAGCGGAAAUAUUGAUUCCAAGAAUGACAUUAGAGUGAACAACAGUGAAAUAGUUAAAGUUUCAAAGGAUAUUUCUGGGUCUUCAUUUUCUGAAUGCAAGAUCCAGGUGGAUGCAAGUCCAUACUUUGGCAUUGAAGCUGAUGUUAAAAUUGGGGACACUGAAAAGAUCAAAGAUUCAAUGGAUGUGUCUGGAGAUUUGCUUGGUAAAUGCAAUACUCUAGUAGAUUUAACUCCAUUUGCAAGAAUGGUAAAUGAUUCAUCCGCAAAAGAAGAAAAUCAUCAAAAUGAUGUUGAAGAUGCUGCUUUCGCAGAAAAUGAAACUGACAAUGACACACGAGCCUCAAGGGAUGCUCUUGGGACUUUGCCUAUGAAAUGCACUAAUCAGUUAGAUGAAAGAGCAGUUGUUGGGUUGGACAAUGGCAUGGUGGAAAAAGAAGAUACUUGUCAAAUUGAUGCUCAAGAUGGUGGUGCGACCAAAUUUAAUGUUGAGGGUGAUAUUCAAAAUGCUGACAGCAAAAAGGUUGAAGAUUCGAGAGAUGUUGUUGAGGAGUCAAUUGAUAAAUGCAAUAUCCAGGUUGGCGAAUGUGCAUAUGCUGGCAGCGAAAAUCAUACUGCAAUAAAACAAGAUAGUCACGAAACUGAUGUUGAAGAUGACACCUUGACUGAAUUUGAUAAAGAGGAUGAUAUUCAAGAUACAGAAAGCAAAAAGGACAAAGCUUCAACAUAUAUUUUUUUGGGUUCCCAGGUGGAUGAAAGUACGUUUCUCGAUAUGGAAGACGAUAUAGCCACAACAAGUGUUGAAGAUGAUGGUUUAGAUGAUAUUUGGAAGGAGAUGGCGUUUGCAUUGGAGUGUACCAAGGACUCUGCUGUGGUUUUUGCUUCUGAUGAGCACAUAGAAGAUGAGGAGUGUGAUCAUUCAUUUAUCUUGAAAGAUGAUCUUGGCUAUGUUUGUCGCAUUUGUGGAGUCAUUCAGAGAAGUAUUGAUACCAUAAUUGAUAUUCAAUAUUCCAAGAAGAGGAGUACUAGAACAUAUGCUUCUGAGGCUAAAAAUACCAGUGGCAAAGAGUCAAUUGAUGUACUUGCAGUUGGAACUCAAUCUUCCCAUUUAAUGGUGACUGAAAUUUUUGCUCAUCCAAGACAUAGGAAGGAAAUGAAAGCCCACCAAGUAGAGGGCUUUAAUUUUCUUUGCAGCAAUCUCGUGGCUGAUAAACCGGGGGGUUGCAUCUUGGCCCAUGCUCCUGGUUCCGGGAAGACAUUCAUGAUUAUAAGUUUUAUACAGAGUUUUUUAGCUAAGUAUCCCAAUGCCAGACCAUUGGUGGUGCUGCCUAAAGGAAUCUUGGCUACUUGGAAGAAGGAAUUUCAGAUUUGGCAAGUGGAGAACAUUCCUCUUCUUGAUUUUUACAGUUCUAAGGCGGAAAAUCGCUCUCAGCAGUUAGAUGUGUUGAAGAGAUGGGUGAAAGAAAAGAGCAUCUUGUUUUUGGGUUAUACACAGUUAUCUGUUAUAGUUUGUGAACACAAUAACAGCAAGGUGACAUCGGAGUGUCAAGAUAUACUGCUAAAGGUCCCCAGUAUUCUUAUUAUGGAUGAAGGUCACACUCCUAGAAAUGAGGAAACUGAUGUACUUCAAUCCCUUUCAAAAAUCCAAACCCCUCGGAAAGUGAUACUUUCGGGAACCUUGUAUCAAAAUCAUGUGAAGGAGGUUUUCAAUGUAUUGAAUCUUGUUCGUCCACAGUUUCUGAAGUUAAAAGAUUCAAGAAUGAUUGUUACUCGCAUUAUGAGCAGGGUGGAUAUAUCAAAAGCGAGGAAACAUUUAAAAUAUGGUGCCGAUUCUGCUUUUUUUGACUCGGUAGAGUACACGCUGCAAAAAGAUGAAGACUUCAGAAGAAAAAAGGCUGUGAUACAAGAUCUCCGUGAGAUGACUAGCAAGGUCCUCCAUUAUUAUAAAGGAGAUUUCCUGGAUGAGCUUCCAGGGCUUGUUGAUUUCACGGUUGUACUCAAUCUCAGUGCUACACAGAAAGAAGAAGUUCAGAAGUUGAGGAAAUUGGACAAGUUCAAGAGAAUUUCAUUAGGAAGUGUCGUGUAUAUGCACCCACAUCUUAAAACCUUUUCAGCAAAUUGUUUUGCAGCAGGAGAAAAAGGUUCAAAUAUUGAUGCUAAGAAGAUAGAUGCUAUGUUAGAAAAUCUGGAUAUGAGGGAGGGAGUGAAAACUAAGUUUUUUCUCAAUUUACUCCGACUAUGUGACUCUGCUGGUGAGAAGCUUCUGGUUUUCAGUCAGUAUAUCUUACCUCUGAAGCUUUUGGAGAGAUUAUCUGCAAAGAUAUAUGGUUGGAGUCUUGGAAAUGAACUCUUUAUGAUCACAGGUGACUCGAGCACGGAGCAAAGAGAAUUGUGCAUGGAACAGUUUAAUUGCUCCCCAAGUGCUAAAGUCUUUUUCGGAUCAAUCAAAGCCUGCGGUGAAGGCAUAUCUUUGGUAGGUGCAUCUCGUAUUUUAAUAUUGGAUGUUCAUCUUAACCCGUCAGUAAGCCGUCAGGCAAUUGGGCGUGCAUUCCGGCCAGGCCAAAAGAAGAAAGUAUAUGCAUACAGAUUGGUGGCUGCCGAUUCUCCUGAGCUGGAUGACUACCUCACUUGUUCAAGGAAGGAGUUGAUUUCGAAAAUGUGGUUCGAGUGGAAUGAACACUCUGGAGACCAAAACUUUGAAAUGAGAACUAUUGAUGUAAGCGAAUGUGAUGAUAUGUUCUUCGCGAGUGAAGGGCUGAGAGAAGACUUGAAUACUUUGUACAGAAGGUAAUUUUGUUUGUCAAACUAGAGGAACUGGAGUACAUACCAUGUUUGUGAUUUCUUCUCUCUGCCUCCGAACAUAAUGUGCAGCGUAAACAGUAUUAGAAAUCAUAGAAAUGAUUAUUUGGCAAUUACCCCGACUUCGUUUUUUUGCUUGUCAGGAGGCUGUGAAGAGUAGUAGGGUGGAACCUGAAUCUUUAACCCUCUAUUUUUCUCUGAAGUAAGUCUUUUGUAAAUUCGGAUACAAAAUUUUAAUUGUUGGAAUUUGGGAAUUACUAAUUGGGAAUUUGAGUAGCUGAUUAAUUUACCAAUCUCUGUUCCACUCAUUAAUGAGUGAAUGAAUUCUAUUUGAGCAUGUAUGCAAAUUUACACUUAUUCAUGUUCCUGUAAUCAGUAGUUGGUCUAUAAUGAACGAAAGAAACUGAUGCUCGGAAAGCGUUUGCCUCUUUUGGAGAUAAUAAGCUUUGAGGCAUAGCUCAUU